AUGGGUCUCCUUGAUAUAUUUAAGAGGAAGAAGGGGAAUCGUUCUUCCCCUGCUGCUGGUGCCCAAGAGGAUAAUUCGCAUCCUGCUGCCUCAUCACCAUCAGCAGGAGCAGGAGGAGGAGCAUCAGCAUCAGCCCAACAACGCCAACAACAACCAGCAACAGCAGCAGAAUCUCCAUCAUCAGUAGCCCCCCCUCAAGCAGGACCAUCGCCAUCAUCAGGAGGAGCAGCAGCAGCAGCAGGAGCAGCAGCAGGAGGAGGAGGAGCAGCAGCAGAUCCACCAACAAAAGGAGGAUAUUUAGUAUAUACAUCAUCAGUAGCCCCCCCUCAAGCAGGACCAUCGCCAUCAUCAGGAGGAGCAGCAGCAGCAGCAGGAGCAGCAGCAGGAGGAGGAGGAGCAGCAGCAGAUCCACCAACAAAAGGAGGAUAUUUAGUAUUUGAUUCAUCAAGUAACGGUAGUUUAUAUUUAGUUUAUAAUUAUUUAUUAAUAAAAGAUGCAUUUGCUUUCUUUAAAACAAAUAAAAAUAUUCCUGAAUUUAAAUUCAAAGAUAAUUCAGGAAAAAUCGAAAUCUUCAGAAAUCUUAUGGUGGUUGGCGGGGAGGGGGGGGAGAUAAAGAAGAAAUAUUAA